CCGCUCGCGCGCGGCGGUUGGCUGGGGCGCGCGGCGGCUGGCGGCGUGUUCCCUCCCCGCGCCUCCCCGCAGCGGCCCCGCGCACUCUCCGCUGUUCCCCGCACUCCUCCAACCCUCCCUCCCCUUCGCUGGCCGGGCCGCCGCCGCCGUUGUUGGAUGCGGGGCGGCGGUAGGAGCAGCAGCAGCAGCGCCGCGCGGAGCCGGGGCGUAAGAUGGAGGGCCUGACGCUGAGCGAGGCGGAGCAGCGCUACUACUGCGACCUCUUCUCCUACUGCGACACCGAGAGCACCAAGAAGGUGGCGUCCAACGGGCGCGUCCUGGAGCUCUUCCGCGCCGCGCAGCUGCCCAACGACGUGGUCAUGCAGAUCAUGGAGCAAUGUGGUGCAACAAGACUUGGCUAUUUUGGAAGAAGUCAAUUUUACAUUGCUUUGAAACUUGUUGCUGUGGCCCAGUCUGGUCUCCCUCUAAGAGUGGAAAGCUUAAAUACAGUAAAGGACCUGCCUCUUCCCAGAUUUGUUAUGACAAAAAAUGAACAAGAAUCAAGGCAUGCAGCCUUGUAUCCUUCAGAUGCUGAUAACUCAGCUUCAUAUUCAGGUGUGAUUCCUCCUCCACCUGGCAGGAUACAAGUCAAAAAAGGCUCUGUGAGCCAUGAUGCAGUUCAGCAACGUACAUCAACUGAUCAACAGGAGUCCACAUCUCCAGUUGUUUCACCACAGCAAUCCCCACCAACCUCUCCACAUACAUGGAGGAAGCACAACCGCCAUCCCAGCGGAGGGAAUAAUGAACGACCUCUUGCUGGACCUGGGCCUUUUUGGGCUCCGUUUAGUGAAGCACAACCAGGCUCAUCUACUUCUAGUGAUCCCAUAUGGUCUGGCCAUUCACCACCACCCCAUCAAGAAAACUGGGUCAGUUUUGCAGAUACCCCACCAACCAGUGCUCUUUUAGCCAUGCAUCCUGCUUCUGUCCAGGACCAGACAACAGUACGAACUGUAGCAUCAGCUACAACAACAAAUGAAAUUCGUAGGCAAUCAAGUAGUUAUGAUGACCCCUGGAAAAUAACUGAUGAACAAAGGCAGUAUUAUGUUAAUCAGUUUAAAACCAUUCAACCUGAUCUAAAUGGAUUUAUACCAGGGUCUGCAGCUAAAGAAUUUUUCACUAAGUCAAAACUGCCUAUUCUUGAACUUUCUCAUAUUUGGGAACUGUCAGAUUUUGAUAAAGACGGUGCACUGACAUUGGAUGAGUUCUGUGCUGCAUUUCAUCUGGUAGUUGCUAGGAAGAAUGGGUAUGAUUUGCCACAAAAGUUACCUGAAAGUUUAAUGCCCAAACUGAUUGAUUUGGAAGACUCGACAGAAGUUGGGGAACAGACAGGUGAGGUAGGUUACUCCAGCUCGCCAGCAGAAGCACCUCCAAGCAAGUCUCCAUCAAUGCCAUCGCUAAACCAGACCUGGCCAGAACUGAAUCAGAGCAGUGAGCAGUGGGAGACAUUUAGCGAACGCUCUUCAAGCUCACAAACUCUGACCCAAUUUGAUUCUAACAUUGCACCAGCUGAUCCUGACACUGCAAUUGUGCACCCAGUUCCUAUAAGAAUGACUCCAAGCAAAAUCCACAUGCAGGAAAUGGAGCUUAAAAGAACCGGAAGUGAUCAUGCUAACCCUACAAGCCCACUACUUGUGAAACCACCUGACCUCCCAGAAGAAAACAAAAUGAGUUCAUCUGUAAAAUUUACACCUGGAAAUACAGUUACAGAUGGUUAUAGCAGUUCGGACUCGUAUACUUCAGACCCAGAGCAAAUUGGAAGCACUGUAACGCGGCAACGGUCGCAUUCAGGAACAUCUCCGGAUAACACUGCACCACCACCACCCCCUCCAAGGCCUCAUCCUUCUCAUUCUCGAUCAUCAUCUUUAGAUAUGAACAGAUCCUUUUCAGUUACCCCAGGACAGCAACAGGCUGGAGUUGUUGCCUAUCCCCCUGCAGUGCCUCCAAGACCACAGCCUUCACAGGGUGUAGGUCCUCACGUGCAUCGCCCAGUGGAUGCUGAAGGCCUAAUAGCUCAUACCAGUACCUCACCUCAACAAAUACCAGAACAGCCAAAUUUUGCAGACUUCAGCCAGUUUGAGGCAUUUGCUGUUUCAGGUGUAAACAAAGAGGAAGAUGAUGAAAUUGAAACACACUCAGAAGUCUUGCAGGUUGAAAAGCCCUCUGAUUCUGCAAGUUCUCUUAGAGUUGCCAAAGCAGAUGGAAGAGUUGAAGACAAAGCACCUGCUAAUGUCCCCACUAGUGCGAGUAAAGGCACUACCCCACUUGCUCCACCACCAAAGCCUAUUCGCAGAAGGUUAAAAUCAGAGGAUGAGCUAAGACCUGAAGCUGAGGAACAUACACAGAAAACAGGUGUCAUAGCUGCUGUUCUUGCUUCACAGCCAUCUAUUCCUAGAUCAGUGGGGAAAGACAAGAAGGCAAUUCAGGCAUCAAUCAGACGUAACAAGGAAACCAACACUGUUUUGGCCAGAUUGAAUAGUGAACUGCAGCAGCAGCUAAAGGAUGUUCUUGAAGAGAGAAUCUCCCUGGAAGUCCAACUGGAACAACUUCGACCCUUCUCUCACCUCUAAGCCUACUGCCGUUAACUGUGAAUUUACUAAUUUUGAAAGGGGUAUUGGUUUCAAAGCCUAUUUAAAGAUCCAUGCAUCUAGCUCAGUGCACUCUAUUCUACAUUAAAUGUUGUGGUUCUGUUUUGCCAAUUUGUCCACUUUUGUAUUUAAGUAUUUUAAUUUCAGUACAGAGAGAAAAAAAAAAACUUUUUUCCUUCAAUGUGACACUGCCUCUCACAUCAUUUUCUGUGGGUAUCCAUGGUCUCUGUUGGGCUUGAGUUUGCAAAAUUUGUCGCCAAAGUUUCCAACUGGAACUUUCUAGUGUUUCUUUUUUCCUGUUUAAACAUCUUUGCAGAAGAGGAUUGCUAAUCAGUUGACUUUAAACUUUAAGCACAUAAAGUCUUCUUUCACUAUGGCAUUGAUCUUACUGUGCCAGAAAAGAGAGAAACUGUCAUUGGCCAAUGUCACUUCUCAAGCUGCCUUUCACAAUUGGAAAGUUGUUCACAAUUCUAGAAAGCCUGCCUCUUUGCAAUAAACCAUCUUUUUCAGUUUGAGAGGGUUCUUGCAGGCUAUUUGCCACAUCAUCUGGAUUUUAUUUUGUUUUGUUGCAUACACUAUAAAGUAUGUAACCACAGAUUGCCAGGUGUUCACAUUUUAUCCAUUCACGAUCUUGACUCAGCCGCAUGCAUAUGAAGAUUUAUGGUACAAUUGGUAAUCUGUCAAACAAACCUUUUUCAGCCCUCCCUUUUGUGAAAAGAGUUGGGUGUAAAUACCCAACAUAUUAAUUACACAUUACCUAAGCACCACCUGUAAUUGCAUGUUUCACACAUUACCUUUUAAUAACAGAUCACAUCCACCAGUUUUCACUAUAACAAAUACUGUCAAAUAAUGUGUCAAUACCUCUAUGAACUUCUAAUUCCCAGCAAAAAAUAAAUCAAAAAAUGAACAGUUUGUUUCUUAGGAAUUCUGGGGUACCUUCUGUCAUCUUGUUUCCAGGCCUUAUUUCUCUGGCAUAUAGACAGGCUUCACUAUUAACAGAGUUCCCUGAGUGUAUCCUGCUAUUCAGGUUGAUGUACUGUAUUAGGAUUUGUUGUAUAUUGUACGAUACACACCUUUUGAUCUCAUAUGUAAAUUUGCAUUAAUUGCUGACUAACAGCAGAUAUUCUAUUUAAUGGCUUCUUCUGGCUGUGGGAUCAUAGAUGUUUAACUGCAUGGAUGUAUCUCUGCAGAAUCAGAACUAGCAAUUGUGUGAUUUUUACACCAAUAAAACAGCACAAUAUUUUAAUUUUGUUGAUUCAUCUUUACCUGGGAAUUGAAACUCAUUCAAAUAGGGGGGAGGGGUUUAUUGCAGGUCUAAAGGGAUUUUUUUUGUAGUUUUGUGGCCUGUGCAAGAAACAGUUGAUCCAUAAUCCCUUGGUCAUUUUCUUCCCUCAUUUUUCAGCUGUUGAUCGGAAGUGAUUGAAUUCUCUUGGUAAUCUGUGGCUAUACUCCUUUUGUAUCCUCUUAUGAGCAAAUUUAAUGUGGUUGUUACUUCUAAAAACUAAAUGCUACCAUUGACUUGGGUCAAAGGAAUGUGUAGUUUUUUUAGUUUUCAUUUCUGUUUUCAUAUCCUUGAGAGUACCUUUCAAAAUUCAAACAAAAUGAUCACCUGUUAGCAGUCCUUAUACUCACUGUUUCGCUUCUGUGUUUAAAUGAAAUUUUCUUAAUAUCUGCUUCCCUUCCAAAACGAUAGCUCAAGUUAGGUUUUUCUGCUGGCUAUGCUGUUUGUUGACAGUGAAAAAGAAAUAUUUGUCAUUAUCAUUAUAAUUUACCAACUGGAUAAUUAUGCUCACUUUAUUGCUAUAACUAUUCCAAUUUUUUUUCAAAUGUUAUGUACCUUUUGCAGACAGCUUAUGUAUAUAGUCCAAGGCAAGAUUCCCUGGAAUGAGAGACACAGAUGCCAUAGCUGCAUGAAAGAUGGUACUUUCUUUUUGCAUGUAAGGGGAUUAAGAAAUGAUAGCUAAAUAUGCAUAAAGGUUACAUAUAAAUUACAUACCAACUAUGCCUUUCAAUUAGUAGAUAAUCUGCAAAGCUUUGACUUAGAAAAUAUAUAUAUGUAUAUAUAAGGAUAUAUACGUACAUAUAUUAAAAAAAAACAAACCAAAACCUACAGAAAUGCAAAAAAACCCAAAUGAAGAAAAAACAAACCACAAAAAAAAAAGACACAAAACAAAACUGAAAAACCUUGAAGUUGAUGGACUAAUGAUUUGUAUUAUAACUGCCAAGUAGCAAGAACAGUGUUUAAAAAAGUGGGAAAGUAUGGGUCACUUGAUGAAGUUAGACUGUUGAUUUCAAACCAACUGUAUCUUGACCAUAGUUUAUUUUAAAGUCAAAUACAUUUUUAAAUAGUACUAUUUUCAUAUUAACACUUGAGUAUUAAGCCUAUAACAGCAGCAUUCUUAAAUCAGAACUUAACAUUUUAAACUUAAAUGUAAAAAAGCCUUUUACAUUCAAAUGUGACAUGUACAUACAAAUUUCUGUAACAUCCAUAUCUUUCUAGUAGAAUAACACAAAUUUUUUUUGUGUCUUGCCAACAAGUCUGUUAAGAAUUUUGUGGAUUACUUUUAAUGCAUCAUUCAGUAAAUUUUUAACCGGUUUUUCAUGAUCAGAAGAGCUUCUAACUGAAAAGUUGUGUCUUAAGAACAUCACUGCCAACGAUGUUCAGAAGUUACCUGGCUUAGUAAUGUAACCAAACUUUAAUCCCUUAUAAAACGAUUUUCCUGUCUUCUGUGUUUGAUCUUGAUCCAGCUACUUUAUGCAUUCUUUUUUAAUGAACUUAGAUUGUAAGCUCCUUGGAGCAAGAAGUUACAUACCAUACCGGAGAUGUGCUGUCUACAUCACAAGUAUAAACGUAGACUACUAAAUAGUACGGACUGUGAUUAAUGUACCCAUGGAUGGACAGCAGCAUACGUUUCUGAAACACCUGAAAGAUGUUUUUCUUUGGACUCUGAUGGGAAGAGUGUGUUUUCUCUUUGGUUUGUGUUUCCUUUGUUUCUCCUACUAAUGUGCCUCUUUCUUCAUUCCACCUGCUUUGGAGUUGCUUUUUUCUCCAUUCAUUGCCUGUCUUUGGACAGCAGAGCAGAUUUCUAAAAUGCAAAGGUAAAAAGCUGAAAAGCCAAUUUUUUGAGCAGUAUUUCAAGUCUGCCCAGUGUAAGCUAUCAUUUUCAGGUUGGUUUUUUUUUUGUAUUUCACAUACCCCUCAUUUUACUUGCAAUUGUACAGUACAUGAGCAAGAGGAUCUCUUAUUACUGAAAAUGUCUUAUGUGGGAUAAACAAAGUUGAGGUUAUAAAAACUUAAAACUAAAGAAAAUAAAUUUGCAGCAUUGUUUCUUG